GGUGUCUCUCAUAUAUAUUCUUGUGCAGAGAGCCCCCUCUCUCCGGAAGCACUCUCUCCAUCUAUUAUAAAUACCCACCUUUCUCUGCCUCUCUCUCUUCCAUUACUUUCUCUCUGUUGAGUGCUCUCAGCUACCGAGCUGGUUUCAACUGUGAGAAAGGGAAAGAAAAUAAAGGAGAGAGAGAGAGAGAGACAGAGAGAGGAGGGAGAGUUUUUUUUUUGGAGUUUUGUUUUGUUUUUACCUGUUUUUGAGUUGGGUUUGUGACAUAGAUACGAUAAUGUCGACGUACAGAGACGAAGAUCCUCGUAUCCAUGGCAUCAAAACUAAGAUUCGGGUCGUCCCCAAUUUCCCCAAACAAGGAAUUAUGUUCCAAGACAUAACGACUCUAUUACUGGAUCCCAAAGCCUUCAAAGACACAAUCGAUUUGUUCGUUGAGCGAUACAAGGGCAAAAACAUUUCAGUUGUUGCAGGAAUAGAAGCUCGGGGUUUUAUCUUUGGUCCUCCCAUUGCUUUGGCUAUAGGGGCAAAGUUUGUUCCCUUGAGAAAACCAAGGAAGCUGCCUGGUGAAGUUAUUUCUGAAGAGUAUAUUUUGGAAUACGGAAGGGAUUGUCUUGAGAUGCAUGUUGGGGCUGUUGAACCUGGUGAACGUGCUUUAGUGGUCGAUGAUUUAAUUGCCACAGGUGGCACACUCUGUGCGGCUAUGAACUUACUAGAACGUGUCGGAGCAGAAGUAAUUGAAUGUGCAUGUGUAAUUGAGUUACCGGAAUUAAAGGGUCGGGGGCGAUUGAACGGCAAGCCAUUGUACGUACUAGUGGAGUACCAAUAAUUGUGGCAGAUGAUACAAUUAGCCUGGCUGUGGUUCACCAUGACAACAUGUAGAAUAGAGGAUAUUAUUAUUGGGCCUUUUUGCCCCCAUUAUCAAUGAAUUUUGAUGAACUUUUGUUGUUGA